GCUGAAGAUUAGUGAGUGAGUGACUGUUUUAAUGGCUGUAAAUAUCACACGUUUUGCACCUUUAAACUUGUCACAUUUGCUAUUUUUCUAUAGAAGAUAAUUUUAAUUUUAUGAAUUACUAAAAACAUACUUAUUCUAUACUUGGAAUAACUCAAUUCAAAUUUAAUGUCAUAAAGAAAAAAACACGGCAAGAAUGUCACCAAUAAUUCUUGGAACACAGACUGCAGGCCGUGAACUAUAAUUGUAGAAUAGAGUAGCCUGCUAUUUUCAGUUGCGCGCUCUCCAUGGUGCUGGACAGCAGUGCGCUUUUACCGCCAGCUCUGCGCGACGCAGCCAUUGCAUCUCCACAAUCUUUUUCUUUGGGAAAAACAUAUUCCAGGGGCCGUUUUGUUUAACGUUGUACAGUAUAAUUACUUUUGCACACAAAUCGUUAUCUACGUAUAUUAUGAUAACCCACGGAGCGUGCAUAUGGAAGUUUUUGCACAUGCACAAAAAAGGUCUAUUAUCAGAUCUUGAAUUCUGGAGGGAAAGGGGACAGCAAAGGUUUUCCAGACUGCUCAAGGGAGGUAACAAUUUAAUAAUAUAUUUUAAUAAUUGCUUUUGCCAUUUAAAGUAAAUUGGAGCACUGCUUUUUACCCAAUAACUUCUUAUUGGCAUGUUCGCACAGUCGAGUUUGCGUUUUUAUGCUGCUACAGCAUGGCGUGAGAUUUAAUAAAGUUUCACUUUAAACAAAAUCAAAUUAAAUGAGCUGAAAUUCGUUGUCGACGUUUAAACUUUGUUUGCAGACGGAAAAUAAACGAAAUAAUUAAAUAACUCAAAGAAACACCUUGCGUUUAUUCGUUCAUUAUAUCUACAAAAAAUGCAAUCUAACGCUUAGAGAUGUAUUUGGAAUUAGCGAUAAGAAACAUACAUUGCCGAUGCAUGGCGCUCCCUCGUUUCCUUACACUUAACGACAGACUUAUCGAAGCGUCAGAACCGUAACUCUCCUUUUUUGGGGAAGCCCGUCAUAUCCUCUGUCCUUAUAUGGUCACGAAGAUGACACGCAGCGGGGAAUCCUCUCACUGGAGACAAUGAAUGGGGAGGAGGGCUGAUCGCCGAGACGGAGUGUAUAAAAGCCGAGCGAAGGGAAGCCGCUAGUGUGAGAAUCAACAGAUCUACACAUCUACAGAUAGCUGGAGAGCUAUAUUACCUUGACGCAGAUCUCAAAAAGGGGAAUUCCAAAGUAUUUACAUUUCUUUUCUGGACGUACGCCUUUACGGACUUUACUGUCGGACCGUUCUUGCUCUUUCUUGAGUUUGCAAUACCCUCUGAUCAAUAACCUGCUCGGACUGAUAGCCAUUGGAAAGCCAUUUACGGAAAGAUGCUUAACAACAUGGAUUUGAACUCUCAAGAUUCUUUUUAUUCUCAGUUUGAAAACUGUAACAGUUCUGCGAUGGGGAUGGAAACUCAGGGCUCCAAAGACAGCCAGGAUGUUUUCAUGGAUUCUGGAAGGACAGCACCUGCCCAGUUUUCACACGGUGCGCCUAUUACCCCCAAAACGGAGCCCACAAGUACAGAUCAGUUUAACUCUUGUCAGGGUCCGAAAGAAAGCUACACAACCUCCCUAGCUUACUCAGGCAGCUUCUAUGUGGAAACAUCUCAAGGAACACCUUGCAGCACGGAAACGCUGCUCAACAUGAUCACCGAAAUCGUUGGCAUCUCAACAACCCCUGUGUCGGAUGCGCAUCCGUGUGGAGACGGUACAAUGAACGCAAGCCGUAGCAGUUUUGGUGACGAGGGGGUCCAGACGCAGGCCUCCACGUGCACCACCCCGCCGUUGUAUUCACCGGGACAGACAGGCCACAGCUACCCGGACACUCAGACCGCCACGCAGGCCCAAGACUCCGCCACAUCGCAUUUAAACUUUGCCUCCUCUGCGCAAGACGCUGAACCGUUGUCUGAAAGCGCGACGUUCCCGGUGGUCAUCAAAAAUGAAUUCGAGAGCAGCUGCUAUGAGUGGGGGACCUUCAGCAAGUCCUACUUGGAUGCUGGCUUCCAGUCAGAGCCAUUCUCCAUGUCGAAUAGCUUUUCAGCUGAUCAACAACAGGUGGACGUGAAGGAACUUUUAGACUCAUAUUCUCCCAUUUGCUCGAACACAGAGACUGAAUUCAAAGUGGAAAGCACCCUAAAACAAGAGCAGUGCUUUGGAGAUGCUUGCACACAAGGCUUUAGUGCUCCCAUGUUUAACUACCCCACUCCAGUUAUGGAUAUCCCACCCACCAGUCUUUUAAAACCGACUAUUUUCCCCAAUAUUGAAUUCCAGUCCAGUUGCGACACAAGCUACUCGACUUCUACAAUAGACUCGGUUCUGUAUUCAUCGUUAUUGCCCGAGUCUUUCAGUCAAACUUAUACACGGGCUCAAAAACCUAAUCGGGUAAGAAAAAGCCCUGCCUCCUCUACCGGCCCGGCCAAAGAGAAACCUUUCACGUGUCCGAUGGAGACCUGCGACCGGCGUUUCUCUCGGUCGGAUGAGCUCAACAGGCACAUCCGCAUCCACACGGGACACAAACCUUUCCAGUGCCGCAUCUGUUUGCGCAGCUUCAGCAGAAGCGACCAUCUGACCACACACACCCGCACUCAUACGGGCGAGAAACCGUUCUCGUGUGAUGUGUGCGGCAAACGCUUCGCCAGAAGCGACGAAAGGAAACGGCACGGAAGGGUGCAUCUCAAACAGAAAGAAAAGAUGGAGUUGAAGCCACAAGUGGUCAACGCGUGGCCGUUCACUUUGCCUGAGGCAAUUUAAGCGCCGAUUGCAGAGAGCGGCGUAAAAAGCACUCGUCGUGCGUGAUGUCAAAUCUUUCCGUCUUGGAAGAUUCAAUCUUACUAAUACAGUUGCUUAGGCUACAGAUUACAAAUCCAAAGCUCAAGUAAACGCUGUGGAAACUGAUUCGAGAGACCCACAUGAGCGUACAGCUCCAGCGAGGUAACAGAUCUUGAAUCGGGGACUGACUUUAAAACCUGGACCUCCCACAAUGAGUCUUGCGCGCAGCUUGAGGUGCGUGCAGCAAGCUCAUAAACUUAAUUUCUAUAUUCCUCGACCACUAUAUUUCACAAUCGAGGAGCGUGUUUUGCAGAAGAAAACGAACUGCAGUUCAGCACUUUUACUACGGAACAGCUCCAACCUCGACCUUGCAUUGUAAUGCGGCAGUAAAACGCACAGCUGGAAUGUAUUGCACUUAUCUCCACUUUCAAACUUCAAAUCGUUUUAAUUCGUGCUUUUUGGUCUUUUCUAUUCUAACGCUGUCACCUUCUUGAACAAUGCAUGUAUAUGUUUACGUGAUAUUAAUAAUCACCGAUAGAUGCUUAACAGCACAAGUCAAAUUUACCUCGUUUUACGACAUGCUGGCAUUAUUGAUUGAUCAUUGUGCCAAGGUUUUUACAACGUAUUUCCCCCUCUUUAUAUGUUUAAUUUCUGUUGCUAUGCCUAUCCAAUAGUAAUUGUGUUGUACAUUUGAAAAAAAAAUCCAGUUCUACUGUUGUCAAACUUACACAGCGAGUGGGAAGAAAUAAAUACAUUUAUAUGCCAAUGAUCAUUUGUAUUUUUCUAACAAGUACUACUUUUUACAUUUUCUGUUGAGCUGAAAGACUAUUUAUAUCCUUAUUUUCAACGUGUCCCUUGUGUUAUGGAAAGCACAGGCCACGCAAAAGAUGUCUUGAAAUUUGUUCAGUCCACAAUUUCUAGAAUAUUUGAAUGUAUGAAGCCAAUUGCCCAACCCUGAGUAUCUGCUUUUCAAUCGUUUUUGAUUUAACCACAUCAUUGUUGUGUGUUAUUGUGUGAGCUUCUGACACAAAUUCAUGAAUCAUGAAUUAUCCAGUUCACACGGCUCCUAUAUUUUGUGAUGCGAUGAGAAGUAGACUAGAACAGAGUUUGACACUGAUGUUGAGUGAUUUGAAAGCAUACAGUUUUCAAUAGUCUUUCAGAAGAGUUCAUCAUGCCUUUCAGUAUACAAGCUUUUGUAUUGUACUAGCCAAUUUAAUCAAUAGGGAGAAUUGUAGAAAAUGUGCAUUUGCCUUAAGUUAUAAUAACUUUACUGGAGAAAUGAUUUUGUACAUAUUGAGAACCAUUUAUACGCAAUACUUUGGAUGAACAUUGAUGUGUGUUAUUUUUAUGACGAAUAUUUAUGAAUAAAACGAUUUCUUGAGGUGUUUAAAGAGAAA